AUGUCAGCGGCAACAGGAAAAAUGACUGCAGCGAAGUCGGCUGCCAAAGUAGAGGCACCAGUCACCGAACUCAAACCAGGUAUGGAGCCAUAUUCGAGACUCAUUCGUGAGAUGGUAGGCACCAUGGAGAAAUCGAUUCCCGAGAUGAAAUUAGUCAAAGUCCACUCUGCACGUAAAAUCCCAACAUCGAAGGACAAAUUUGCCACCGUUGUAUUUGUCCCAUUGAGAAUGAUGAGAAAGAUUCGCCCCAUUCAAGCCAAAUUGGUCGACGCUCUUGAAAAGAAAAUGAACCAACCGGUCUUCAUCAUCGGAAAGAGAAUCGUUGCUCAUGCCGCUAGACCAGGACAAGCUGAUAAGUCGGAGUACAAGCCAAUUUCAAGAACCAGAAAGGCCGUCCAUGAGGCUUAUAUGAACGAAAUGUUGUAUCCAGUCCAAAUCAUCGCUCAACGAAUUCGUGUCUCAAUGCACUCUAAUGUCCCUGAAGGAAGAAAAACAGUCUCCUUGGGCGUCGAUGACCUCGCUUUGAAAAACACCGUUAAGGCAAGAUUAAACGUUUACUCCUCAGUCUACAAGGUCAUCACCGGAAACGAAGUCGCCUUUGAUUUCCCUCUCUCCGCUUAA